AUGCGCGAGCGCGUCCCGGGCCCGGCGGGUGGAGGGUUCAGGUAGAGCGCGGUGGCGCCUCGUUCGUAGGACUCCGGAGGUUUCGGCCGCCCCCUCCGGCCCACGUAGGGCCCGGGUCCUGGCCUCAUUGUGAACAGCGUGUCCCGCUUCGCCGCGUCGGCUCACCGGCUGGCUGGGCUGCUCGCGCGGAGGCCGCCGCAGUGACCCCGCCCCCGGGCCGAGGAUGUGAGGCGGGCCGGGCGUCCCCACACCGGGCCCGGGCGCCGGGAGUGGGCGUCUGGGCCGCGCCGGGCGAUGGCCCUGCUGCCGGUGCUCCUCGCCUCCUGGGUCCUGGGGCAGUGAGGGGGACGGCGGGCGUGGGCCGAGGGGCCGCGGGCGCCAUGGAGGGGGUGCUGUACAAAUGGACCAACUAUCUGAGCGGUUGGCAGCCUCGAUGGUUCCUUCUCUGUGGGGGAAUAUUGUCCUAUUAUGAUUCUCCUGAAGAUGCCUGGAAAGGUUGCAAAGGGAGCAUCCAAAUGGCAGUGUGUGAAAUUCAAGUUCAUUCUGUAGAUAAUACACGCAUGGACCUGAUAAUCCCCGGGGAACAGUAUUUCUACCUGAAGGCCAGAAGUGUCGCUGAGAGACAGCGGUGGCUGGUAGCCCUGGGAUCAGCCAAGGCUUGCCUGACUGACAGUAGGACCCAAAAGGAGAAAGAGUUUGCUGAAAACACUGAAAACUUGAAAACCAAAAUGUCAGAACUAAGACUCUACUGUGACCUCCUUGUUCAGCAAGUAGAUAAAACAAAAGAAGUGACUACAACUGGCGUGUCCAAUUCUGAGGAGGGAAUUGAUGUGGGAACUAUGCUGAAAUCAACCUGUAAUACGUUUCUGAAGACCUUGGAAGAAUGUAUGCAGAUUGCAAAUGCAGCCUUCACCUCUGAGCUGCUCUACCGCACUCCACCAGGAUCACCGCAGCUGGCUAUGCUCAAGUCCAGCAAGAUGAAACAUCCUAUUAUACCAAUUCAUAAUUCACUGGAAAGACAAAUGGAGCUGAGCAGUUGUGAAAAUGGAUCUUUAAAUAUGGAAAUAAAUGGUGAUGAAGAAAUCCUCAUGAAAAAUAAGAAUUCCUUAUAUUUGAAAUCUGCAGAGAUAGACUGCAGCAUAUCAAGUGAGGAAAAUACAGAUGAUAAUAUAACAGUCCAGGGUGAAAUAAUGAAGGAAGACGGAGUGGAAAACCUGGAAAACCAUGACAAUAAUUUGACUCAGUCUGGUUCAGAUUCCUCAAGUUGCUCUCCAGAAUCCCUCUGGGAGGAAGGCAAAGAAGUUAUCCCAACUUUCUUUAGUACCAUGAACACAAGCUUUAGUGACAUUGAACUUCUGGAAGACAGUGGCAUUCCCACAGAAGCAUUCUUGGCAUCAUGUUAUGCUGUGGUUCCAGUAUUAGAUAAACUUGGCCCUACAGUGUUUGCUCCUGUUAAGAUGGAUCUUGUUGGAAAUAUUAAGAAAGUAAAUCAGAAGUAUAUAACCAACAAAGAAGAGUUUACCACUCUCCAGAAGAUAGUGCUGCAUGAAGUGGAGGCCGACGUAGCCCAGGUUAGGAAUUCGGCGACUGAAGCCCUCUUGUGGCUGAAGAGAGGUCUUAAAUUUCUGAAGGGAUUUUUGACAGAAGUGAAAAAUGGGGAAAAGGAUAUCCAGACAGCCCUGAAUAACGCAUAUGGUAAAACAUUGCGGCAACACCAUGGCUGGGUAGUUCGAGGGGUUUUUGCGUUAGCUUUAAGGGCAGCUCCAUCCUAUGAAGAUUUUGUGGCCGCAUUAACCAUAAAGGAAGGUGACCACCAGAAAGAAGCUUUCAGUAUUGGGAUGCAGAGGGACCUCAGCCUUUACCUCCCUGCCAUGGAGAAGCAGCUGGCCAUACUGGACACUUUAUAUGAGGUCCACGGGCUGGAGUCUGAUGAGGUGGUAUGAUGGCUGCUGGGCAGCACCUCCUAACUUCAGGGAAUAAAGUGCUCAAGUGUUGUGUUGCCCUACUUAAUUUCCAGCAACAGCCUCAGCCCUCUCUAACCCCUUCACUUCGGGGGAUGGACAGGAGGAGGCAAAACCCAGUGCUUUUAUAUAUAAUUUUUAAAAUGCAUAUGUGUUUUGUGUAUUUAAAGAUCAAGGUGCUAUAUAUUUCAGUUCAGCAGGCCUACUGGAAGCCAAAUGGUCAGGUGUUAUAGACUUGAACAGCAAGUUAUAAGAGCAGAUUUAACAAAUGAAUUUGCUGUACUGUGUAUUGUUUUUAGGUUUUAGUUUUAAUGAACCCAAACCCAAGCUGAAAAUCAGGUUUUGUAUUAAGUACCAUAAUUCAUAGCCACUGUUUCAGCCAACUUAGAAUUAGACUAAACACUUGGAGGUAGUAUAAGCUGCUUUGUUGAAGCUGUGUGGAGUUUGCUAUUCCUAGAUGCUCUUCAGUGGACCCUCUUCACUGUAACUGUCAGUGAUAAGGGCCUGCAAAGUAAAAAUGUUUAGAGCAUUCACAUGACCAUGAAAUUUUGGGAGGUGAAGAAGACAUGGACAGGAGUCCCAUCCUUGUUGAGAGGCAUGAGACUGCUGCUCUGAGGUUAAUGGUGUGCCCUAACCCCAAGCUGGAGGGGAGAAUUUGAGAGAGGCGAGACAGCUCGUUUGAAAUGACACCUCGCAACUACCUACCAUGUACCAACAUGUUCUCCAUGCAUUAUCUCAAUGGGACAUCACAAGGAAUGAUACUCAAAGGGAUUAUUACCCCACUUCAAAAGCAAGGUUUAGAAAUUGAGGGAUCUGUUCACAGUCACAUAGUUUAUAAGUAGAAGAGCCAGGUAAUUUCCACGUGUGACCUGGACUGCGUCUGUAUCAAAGUCAUAUGGAGUGCUCAUUCAAACAGCAGAUUCCCAGGCCUUAUUUUGACCUAAAGAACCAGAAUCUAGGUGGUGGGCUAUAGGAAUCUGCAUUUCAGUAAACUUUAUACAUGGUUCUUCUGCACACAGUAUUGAAGAGCAACUAGAUUAAAUUCUAGUUUAUAGAAUUCCCAGUUUCCUUCAACUAAAUGAUACAUCCUUUUUUUCAAAGAGGAGGAGGCCGCCAUUUAAAUAAAGUAGCUAAAUGGAGAGUGCGAAGUGGAGCAACUUUACUCAGCAAUAUUCUAAAUUGAGCCAGCACUGACACCCAGCCAGUAGGCCUUGGCAUUGCAUUCAGGGGCCGUGGCUCUGAACCGAUCAGUCUUGGUUUAAUCACCAAAAGUGCACAGCAGGCAAAAUGCAGCUGUUUUAUCAAUCUCAAAAGCUUUGGGACAGUGUCAUAGUUCAAAGAUGAGACUUAAGUAUUUCAUAAAACAAUGUUGCAUGGGCGUUCUUCUGCACAGUGUGAUGCCCCAACCCUGGCCAUGGUCUCAGUAGACCAUGCUGCUUCCAGGGUGCAUAGGAGAGAAGCCAUGGGUACCUUCCCUGUUAGAGGCGACUUCCUUCUAGUAGCAGGAAGGUAAGUUGCAGCAUAAGGUAGUUACCCAGGGUAGCAGGUCCUUUGAGAGGCUUGGUUGAGUCAAGUAUCAUCUCUAGAUGAUGCUGUUCCUUCUGCGGAUCUCUAGAAUGGAGAGAAUUCUCUCUUGAAUCAAGAAGUUUAUGUAGGGAGGGGUAUUGGUUUUGCCUUUUGUCUGUCUUUAAACAAAUGAACAUUUAUUUAGCUCAAAUUAAUUGGGCAUUUUGCCCACAUAAAGACUUCUGGAAAAUACUUAAACUCCAAAAAUCAACAUCACAUGUUUUAACGCUAGGGAGAAGGGGGGUAUUAAAAUGAUGUUCAUUAUUUAUUUCAUAUUUUGCCAAGGUGUGUGUGUAUUUUUUCCCUACCACUCUCAUGAGCAGUGAGUAUGGAUCUCCUUUUCUGAUUGGUAUGAAUAUGAUGGCAGGACUCAGGGAUAGUCCCUGCCCUCAACAUAGCCUCCUAAAAGGGAAAAAGAAAAAGCAGCCAAUUUUUGCUUUAUUUUGAAUGAGGAUGUUUUAGGCAUUGUGUCCAUAGAAGGGAUGCUACCAGGUGGUUGUUAGACUUGUGCAACGUGAUCAUUCUAAACAGCUGCUGGUGCUCCCUGUCACCUCAGGUGAACUCUGUGGUCUCUUGGAGAGGUAGCACUCUUAAAAUACCUCAGGUUUGCCACUGAGGCUCCGAAUACACUCAAAAGGAAAGCUGCUCAGCAUGCCCAUUUUGCUUUUGUGUAGGUAGUGCCUAGGUGUGCACGACUCAAUUUGCUGGGAACGAGGGGUUUCAUAUUCUCUGGGAUCAUUGAGAACCCAGAUCAGACAGAAAAGCUUGAGUAAGUUACAUUUUCCAGUUACCCUUUUUCACAUCUGUAGAAAGAGGGUGAUAUUUUUUUAAUAGGUGUUUUCCCCACUGGAGCAUAUUAAGUUUGCCUAAGAUACAUAAAAGUUUGCUUAAGGAACUGAGGAUCUUUAAAUAAAAAUAUGUAGAAAUUGAACCUAAUACUAAACAAUAAAUUCAGCUUAACCUGAACCUUAGCAUAGUCAGAACUUCACAGUAUGUGCUUCUCUGUUUUAGUUAAAGUCAUAAUUUGUGCUGAUGUGUAGUCACUUUCCAAGCUGGGACACCUAAGUUUGCUUUCAACAUUACUGUGAGAGGAGAUGAGAAAACUAGUAUUUUGUUGGCAGAAUAAUCACCCUGCUCUCACUGCUCAAAGCAUUUUUAGGAUUAUUUUUCUAGCAUAACCUUUAGAGAGAACUGGAAGAAAAAGGAAAUUGGUCUACUCGGUAUUAUUAGACAUGAAUAAAUAACAUUAGGCUAACCCCUUACGAGACAUCUCCACACACAGAAUUUCAUCAUGCCUGCACUUCUCCCCACAGUAGAAGCCAGUAUUUAUGUAGGGAUCAGGGUAUAUUUGUUGAAUUAAGCAAAAUAUUUUCAAUGAUGGCAAGUCUCUUGACUUUUGAAAGCAAGUCAGAUUCCUUAUAGUUAAUGCUGGUGAAAAAUGUUAAAUUGGAGAGAUUCCUUUUGGGAGUGAAACCAAAUUAUAACUAAGAGGAGGAGAUGAUUUUCUCACUGGCUCUUGAUGUAGCUCUGAAGGGAGUUCCAGAAGAGAAGCUCUCACAGAAUGUUGAGCCUGUGGGCCCAAGACCUUGACUUUGAAGGGUAGUACUCAUUAGGAUCUAUAAGUAGUGGCUUGAGGCACCUUCUCAUCAUUAUUUGCAUGUCAUUUUGAUUAUUAAACGUCCCCCAAUGUCAUAUUCCAUGAUGAGGAAUUUCAGAACUCUGUAGUCCAGCCUUGUUGGUUUCCUCUCUUCUUUGCUACAAAAAUUGCCAGUGGUAUCGCCAUCAGCACACCAGAUCUACCCCUGCUUUUGUUUGUUCUGCCCCAUUUCUCAGGAGCAGCUUCUAGCAUGUAUGUAGAGCAUCCGGCACCAACCUAGUCCAGGGCGAGGUGCUCAGUCAGUGGGAAUUUGGUUCCCUCCUCCCCAGAUUGCAAGAGCUUCUUAAGAAGGAGCCCAUAUUCCCAUUUGUAGGUGAAAGCAGGUGAAUGACACGACAUGGGGCACCUAAGAAAGAUGAUCUAUUAGGGGAGUGCAGCUGGAAAAAUCUGCACUCUUCUCCUUUUGAUUUUUGCUUUCCAUAUAUAUUAACAAAAAGUUGAUACUUUAAACUUUAUAUUUUCAGAAAAGUGUUUUCAAUUAGAAAUAUGUGAUAGGGACCAAAUAAGUAAAGUACAUUUUUCCUCACUAAAUUGGAAGUGAGGGAAAGAGCUGAAGUAAGAGAUUUGUUUUUUUUUUUUUAAGAAAACUUAGUCUGAUUGUGAAAAUUAAACAUAUGGAGAAAUAUCAGAUAAGGCAAUAGAGUCAGAGGGUAAUAAGCAAUAGACGAUGAUGUGAGAUACUUGGGGAACUUUCUGGAGGAAAUUUUCAAGUUUUUUUUUUUUCCUACUAAACUACCAUGUCCUACAAGAACUUGGUGAUAUAAUGGUGCAUUUCUUAAUGAUUGAUUAAAAUCAGUUGUUCUGACUUUAGUCACAGGUUUUACAACUAUUCAGCUCUCCCAUCCUCAUGUUUCAUUUCUUUUUUUAAGAUAAUCUAUCAACCUUUUUUAAAUUUUAAAAUUUUUAGAUGUAGAAUUUAUAAGUAAAAUAUAUUUUCAACCAUUGUUCUGUCAGCUGAGCUAAUGUGCUUGGUCUUAGAGGGCCUGACUUCAGAUGGUCUUUGUGAUCUUGUAAGGUCUCUACACAAGCUUCAUGAUGUAUGGUACAUUUGUGUUCCUAUGAAUUGUAUGUAGGAUGUUUUCAUCAGAAAUAUGUUCUACUUCUGUAUGUCCCUUUGUAAUCUGCAGUUGCUUACUCAGGGGUUUCAUAGUAAUUUCAUAAAAACAAUUCACUAGCUGUCUAAUGGUAUUUUAAGACCGUUUAUCUGUAUUACAAGGUCAUUAGGAGUGAUUUCAACAAUUCCAUAGAUGUACUGAUUACUAGACCUUCCCUGUAAAUGUUCCCAAUUCCCAUCCUGUCUCAGACAGUCAAUAGUCCUGUAUACAGUGACCGUUUGCAUGAUUUCUCAUUGCACUGCUGCAUUCAGGCACUCCAGGGCAUGAUUAAACAGUCAUUAACAGUGCCUCUCUGGUACAGUUGAUGCAUGCAUUGAUCUUUCUCCUCUGCUGUUUUUAUAUAGCCUUUAAUUAAAAGGAAAAAAACAUACCACUACUCUGUAAUGCAAAAGGCUUUAAAAUUUUUUGUUUCCCACAUUAAUCACUCCUGUUCCAGAGUGAAGAAAUGUUUUCCGCUAAUCUAUGUGAGAAUGUAAGAAUAAUAUCCUGCUUGUUCUCAAUAUUUCAUAUAUUUUAAAGUGUGGUCAGUAUUUCCUCCCUGUACCUUAGAAGCAGAAACCACCCUGGGAUGGCUGAUACCCCUAACAAAAUUGAUCUUACCACACAGACUCCCUGUGUAUGUGUGUCUAUUUAUAGGUGUAUGUGGAGUCAGUGUUGAUAGGAAGGAUGCUGUAGAAGUACUUCUGUUGUUUCCCAGAAGGCUAUGAGCCAGUUCCGUGGCAUGUUUAAUGUAUGAUUCCCAUGUAUCAUGCGAAUUUCACUAGAAUGUCAUUAAACAGCCCAACUACCUCAUGUGAAAUUGGCUGUGGACAAUCUGUGUCAUAUGAGAAAUGUGUUCAGAUCAAUUUAAUCUGGCUAAUAGAUUUAACAAAUUAAUGUCUACAUAAAGAAGAAAUAUGAUAGACCAGAUGCCAAAGGCUAAAAUGUACAUAGAUUUCCUUGGAUUAAUUUUUUUAGUCACUGUUUAAUUCCACUCCUAGUAUUCUUAUGAAUGUGGUUUCAUAGAUUUAUGCACUUUGAAUAUCUGUCUCGUGCAGUCUUAACGUUACUUGUUCUUGUCCCUCAGCAUUUUGAAUGAACAUCAUAAUCAGAGUAGGAAGCAAGUUAAACUCAAAAGUGUCAAGUGGCUUGUUAACUUCUUAAUUUAAUGGACCUUUACUUAGAAUAGAGUAUGUUGGAACCUUUUAGGACCAACUGAUGAAUGACAGUUUCAUGUUGAGGUUUGUAUUGUUUCUCUGUCCAAGUCCUUAGUCUAUAUCUUGUGGGGAAGGGGGGCAGGGGAGGGUUUUAAUUUUUUUGCAAAAAUGUUUAAAAAUACCUGUCAGAUUUUAUAUUCGUUAGUUAUAAUAAACUUAUUUUUAAAGUAUU